ACGAAGAAAGACUUAUUUUUGGGACGGAGGUAGUGCCUCGGGGGUUUACUUAACCAAUUGUUUUUGCCGUCAUUCUUCCCUCCCAAAGUCUCACAGCUUGGGCAAAUGGCCGGGAAACAAAUAUCCGGCGACGCUUUGUCGGCAAACAUGGCCACCAUGUCUAAGAGUCAACUCUACGAUAUCAUGUUUCAAAUGAAGUCACUCAUCCAGCAGAACCAGCAGCAAGCCAGAAAUAUUCUUAUUCAGAAUCCUCCUUUAACAAGGGCCCUUUUUCAGGCACAAAUUAUGCUCGGCAUGGUUCAGGCCCCACAAGCGGUUCAGAGCAUUCCGCCUCAGGCAUCGUCCCAACCUUUACCUUCUGUUCAGCAGACAAAGUUGCAUGAGGCUCAGUCAACACCAAAUCAAGUUAAUUUGCCAGACCAAGCCAAUGUACCACAGGUUCAAGAGACUGUUACAAAGCAGCAACAGCACAAACCUACCCAACCGAUUUCAUCAAAUCCAGUGCAGGGAUUUCAUCCUCAAUCCUUACCGCCACAAGCUGUUGAGCAGUCUAGAGUUUCCUUUAAUUUCCAGGCAAGCCAAAUGGCACAUCCACAGUCUUCACAGGUUUCCAAUAUGCCUGCACUUCCAAUUCAUGCUGGACCACAGCAGCCUCUUGUUCAUCAACCUCCUAUGCUACCUGUUCCUGACCAUUCACAGCCACCGAUGCAAACAACUGCUGAUUCUCAUCACUUGCUACAACCUCAAUUACCUCCGCUUCUCAGGCCUCCAAUACAGAUGCAGCACCAACCACCAAUGGGUGUGAAUAUGAACUUUCAGAAUGCUGGCAUCCCUCAAAUGCACCAUAGUCAACCUAUGUUCCAUGCCAGUGGUAGGCCUCCUCCUGGUGGAAUGAAACCAUUUCCUCAAGUGCAGCCGCCACUUUCCCAUCAGCGACCUCAUCAGCCCAUGUAUCAGGGAGGAGGACCACAUUUGAAUUUAGAUUUUAAUAACCAGAAUACAGGCAAUAUGCAAGUAGGGAGGGGAUCCCCUUGGCCACCUGGUUCUCGAGAAAACACGGCUGGGAUACAGUCUUCUGUACAAUCAUCGAUAGGUGCAGGACAACCUAUUGGAAAUCAACCUCCUCGCCCCCCUCCUUUAACCCCGGAAGUAGAACAGCAAUUGCUUCAGCAAGUGAUGAGUCUGACACCUGAGCAGAUAAAUCUGUUGCCUCCAGAGCAGAGGCAUCAAGUCCAUCAGUUGCAGCAAAUGCUUCGCCAGUGAUGUUUACAUUCGACUAAAUCGACGGCUACUCUACUCUCUCCUUAUAUGCAUUUCAUUCAACUUUGUCUUUUUAAAUUGCUCACUUGUAGAAUUUCUUCACCAGGCCUUCAUCUUUUAUCCUUAAUGUCUUAAGAAUUUGUCCAACUUUUACUCCCUUUGAUCUUUGUCCACUUUUUUUACUUUUGAAAAUAUUAUGCAUAAUAAAUAACUUAUCAUUGAGCUUCUUUUAAUUUUUAA